AUUUACUUUUAACACAGUCACGCUGUUGCAGAGAGCACAAGCAAGCAAGCAAGCACUGGCCCAGAAAGUAAAAAUGGCUGCCGCUCUCUCCGUUGGAGCCAAUCGAGUCAUCGUUCGUCAUAAUCCCGCCUGCAGGUCAAUCCUCUGGACUCGACCCUUGGGUCGCCGGACGGCAACUCCGCAGCUAUGGAUGUCCAAGAGAAACGGCUCAUAUGGUGUAUUCCUCCUCUCUCGCCAUGGAUUGAUAAUCAGGAAAGCUACACCCGUUCUAGCAGGGUCUAGAGCAGACGAUUCCUCCGCUCCUUUUGAGAUGUCUGUAGAGAAUGCUCUCAAGCUUCUCGGCGUCUCUGAAGGGGCUUCAUUUGACGACAUCCUUCGCGCAAAGAAUUCUAUCCUCGCAACCUGUAAAGACGAUCAAGAGACCAUCGCUCAGGUAGAGGCUGCAUAUGACAUGUUGCUUAUGCAAAGCUUAACACAGAGACGGGCAGGAAAAGUUGUAAAUAGCAGCAUUCGUUAUGCCGACACGAAACCUCUAAAUGGCUUGAGAAUGGGAUCAAUGCCUCAGUGGCUACAAGCCACAGUUAAAAAUAUACCUGUUUCAGUUGAAGCACCAUCCACUGGGAACUUGGGCCUACAAGCAGGGGUAUAUGGAGCACUAAUGGUCUUAACAUUUGCCAAUGGAACAUCUACAUCUUCAGCAGAGAUAUAUGCAGGGGCGAAUGUUCCUGGUCUAAUCUUAGCUACUAGUUUUGGUGCUUCAUUAUACUUCUUGACCAAGAAGAACAUCAACCUAGGGAAGGCUACUGUAAUAACUAUUGGGGGCCUUGUCGUUGGUGCAGCAGUGGGCUCAGCAGUUGAGAACUGGUUGCAGGUUGACAUUGUCCCAUUUUUGGGUAUACAUUCUCCAGCUGUUAUUGUAAGCGAAUUCAUAAUCUUCUCUCAGUUCUUAGUCUCCCUCUACCUAAGGUAGGGUUUGGAAAUGAUGUACUAUAACUUACUGUGAUAGUUGUAAUUAUUAUUGUAACUGCUCAGUGAUGUAUUCUUUUACGUAAUUCUACAAGAUUCAUGCUUCAUUAGGAUUAGUAAAUUAUCAUGUUGUAU